AAGUCGCACAGAUCACCAUUCCAUCAGGAGGACAAUAUUCAGUAGUGUUUGAAGCUCAACGGGGAAAUGGUCUUUUGGGUGACAUUGCCAUUGAUGAUGUUCUUUUGCGAAAUGGAGCAUGUGCUUCUCCAGGCAACUGCAACUUUGAUCAGACAAUGUGUGGAUGGAUCAAUGACCGGUAUAAUGAUGAUUUUGACUGGAUACGCAACUCUGGAAAUACAUCCACUCAAGGCACUGGCCCAUCCAAAGAUCACACUCAUGGAGAUGCCACAGGAGGUUAUGUGUACAUUGAGGCAAGUCCUCCUCAGAAGCGAGGUGACAGAGCACUUCUUCUCAGUCAGAUUCUACCUCCAUCUAGUAGUAUCCGAUGUGUUUCCUUCUGGUACAAUAUGUAUGGAUCCACGAUGGGCACACUAAGUGUUGGAGUCAAGCUGAACAGUGGAGCCAUGAACAAACUCUGGACUUUAUCCGGUGAUCAGGGUGGAAAUGUGUGGAAAUAUGGACGUUUUCGCAUCCCGAUUACAAACAGUGUAUAUAAGAUUUACUUUGAAGGAACUGUUGGAACAAAUGUCACUGGGGACAUGGCUAUUGAUGAUGUUCAAAUUAUAAAUGCAGCUUGUGCCUAUUCACCAGCAAAUGCCAGACCUCCGGAUGUAACUUUGACAACUUUGAAGGCAACAACUGUACAUUCAACAAAACCAACUGCAUCACCUUCUCCACGGCAAGACACAGUGUCAUGUGAUUUUGACACAAGCAUGUGCAGCUGGGUACAGAUGAAGAAUGACAACUUUGACUGGACACGUCAUCAGGGUUCAACAUCCACUAAUAACACAGGACCUCAGCAAGACCACACUUCAGGGCAUGGCUUCUACAUCUACACAAAUGUGUCCAAACAACCCCCCAAUGCAACAGCACGCAUUGUCAGUAAAACAAUCCAGCCACGUAUGGGAACACAGUGUUUGAGUUUUUGGUAUCACAUGUAUGGAGACAGCACUGGAACACUUAACUUCUACAUUAAGACUGGCUCGGGGCUUGGUUCUCUCGUGUGGACUCGCAAGGGUUCUCAGGGCAACCAGUGGAUCAAAGCCGGUGUGACUGUCACUCAGGGCUUAGUGCCAUAUGCUGUUGUGCUGGAGGCUGUGGGUGGCAAUGGUGUGAGAGGUGAUAUGGCCAUUGAUGACAUUCUGUUGGUAGACAAUCCAUGCACAGGUGCCAAUGUGUCCACAACACCUGCAUCAGGCACAGUCAGUCCGGGUACUUCUGUACAUGCUUGUGACUUUGAGGCGAACAAUAUAUGUGGCUAUAUGCAGGAUACCACAGACAACUUCAACUGGACACGAACAACUAAGGCUACAGCUACCAUUGGCACUGGGCCAUCAAAUGAUCAUACUUACGGCACUUCAAAUGGUCACUACAUGUACACUGAUGCUUCCAACCAGAAGCUUGGUCUAACAGCACGCUUGGUAUCACCAGUCUACAAAGACCAUAGUGGCAUGUGUCUUCAGUUUUUUUACCACAUGUAUGGUGAUGGCAUUGGAAUCUUGAAUGUUUAUGCACAGCCAUCAAGUGCCAAUGCCCUAUCCCGCCCCAUCUUCACUCGCAGUGGUGAUCAAGGAAAUCGCUGGAUUGUUGGACAGGUGACCAUCCCACAGCCUGUCACAAUAUCUGGAUACAAGGUUGUGUUUGAAGGAAUUAUGGGAUCUAGACCUCGAGGAGACAUUGCCAUUGAUGAUGUCAGCAUUCUGCAGGGACAAUGCCAGGCUCCAGGGAACUGCAACUUUGAACAAAAUUUGUGCACCUGGACCAAUAUCCAGCAAGGGGAUGACUUUGACUGGACAAUGAACCAAGGUGGCACUUUUACUAAUAGCACUGGACCUAAAGCUGACCACACCCUGGGUACUCCUAGAGGAAAAUAUUUGUACAUCGAAACAUCAGCACCCCGUGUGACAGGAAACAAAGCUUGGCUAGUCAGUCAGACCUUUCCACCUGUUUCUUCUAGUGGUCAUUGCAUCCAUUUUUGGUACAGCAUGUAUGGACAGACAGUUGACACAUUGAGAGUCAUCAUUCGCAUUCCUGAUGGGGGUAACCAGACUGUCUGGAAGUUAUCUGGCAAUCAAGGACAAAAUUGGCAGAAUGCACAAGCGCCAAUUCCCAAAAUGAAUACAGACUAUACUGUCAUCUUUGAAGGUCGGCGUGGCACAAGCUAUACAGGAGACAUAGCAAUUGAUGACAUCUCAUUUACUGAAGGCUCUUGUGGAGUGACUCCACCUCAAGCAGCGCAAUCAAGCAUGGGGCCUCCUUUAACAAGGGGAACAACUUCUGCACCUGUGCGGAACACUGGGCCAUUCAAUUGCACAUUUGAGACUAAUUUUUGUGGUUGGAACCAGGAUAAUCGCGAUCAGUUUGAUUGGACUCGGCUCAAAGGAUCUACCAGUACCAAUGGUACUGGCCCUACUGGUGACCACACACAAGCUAAUCACAGUGGAUACUAUGUGUACAUUGAGACAUCUGGAGAUCUCCACAAUGGAGACAAAGCUCGCCUGGUAUCACCCACAGUACCAUCAGGGAAUUAUUGUCUGACCUUCUGGUACCACAUGUAUGGACAGAGUAUUGACCAUCUUAAUGUUUACACCAUGGCUGGUAACACCAUCCCAUCAACUCCAGUGUGGACACGAGCUCGCAAUCAGGGGAAUGCCUGGUUCAGUGCAAAUGUGAACCUUCCCUCCAUUUCCACUCCUUUCAAUGUUGUCUUUGAGGGUGUGCGUGGUAUAAGUUUUCAAGGCGACAUUGCACUUGAUGACAUCACCUUAAAAUCUGGUACCUGUAGCUCAACUUCCACGUCUCCGUCCAACACCUCAAACGCUGUCAGCUGCAACUUUGAACCUGCAAAUCUUUGUGGUUUCACCCAGGUCCAGGGAGACAAAUUUGACUGGACACGCCUCGCAGGGGUCACAUCUACUGCACACACUGGACCGAACAAUGACCACACUUAUGGAACAAGCUCAGGUCAUUAUAUGUAUGCUGAAGCCUCUGCCCCCAGGAGGCCAGGUGACAACGCUUUAUUGAAAUCGUUCAUUAUUGCCAAGAACACACAACAAAUGUGUAUAACAUUCUGGUAUCACAUGAGUGGAACAAACAUUGGAACCUUGAAUGUUUACCAGCUUCAAGGGAAUGGAAUCCAAAACAAAAUUUGGUCCUUGUCAGGGGAUCAAGGGGCAUCUUGGCAAAAAGCUUCUGCCAUUGCACCACCACAGUCUGCUCAGUGGCAAGUGGUUUUUGAGGCUAUACGUGGGAAUGGUGACCUGGGAGAUGUUGCAAUUGAUGACUUUUCUGUUUCUGUAUCUGGCUGCCCAUCAUCAACUUUCAUUGCAAACUGUAAAUUUGACUCUGGCCUUUGUUCAUCCUGGUCACGAGAUCCCACAGGACAGUUUGACUGGCUUAUAGGCUCAAAGAGUCCUUUCAAUGAUCACACCAUGAACAAUGCUACAGGAAAGUACAUAUAUGCAAAUGGAUCAACCCCUCAAGUGAAUGGUAACAAGGCCCGUAUUGUGAGCACUAUGCUGGCUAGUGGAUCAGCAACCUGCUUGCACUUCUUUUACAACAUGUAUGGGCCCAGUGUUGGAACAUUAAAAGUGUGGAUACGGCAGAAUAUAGACAGCAGGCAAAUUGCUUUGUGGGCAUUGACUGGGCAGCAGCAGCAAGGCUGGCAUGAAGCGAAAGUUCCCAUACCAGCUCAGAGAGACUCCUUCAGUAUUGUUUUUGAAGCCAUUCGUGGAGCAUCCUGGAAUGGAAGAAUUGCAGUUGAUGACAUCUCCUUUGACAAAGCUUCAACUUGUACAAUCAUGCCUGGUUCAGCGUUGGUCACUCAGACUCAGUCUGUGACUUUCAGACAAGUGCAGGUCACAUCCUUAGGCACAACAGCAGCAUCCACCCUUAGAACAACAGUUCAUCCCACAGGUGGCACUAGCAUUGCUUGUGAUUUCACCUAUGACCUGUGUGGCUGGAGUCAAGAUAAGACCGACAAUUUUGACUGGUUGCGCAACAGUGGGGGAACUGCAACACAAGGGACAGGACCUACUGCUGAUCACACAAAUGGAAAGGGAUAUUAUAUGUACAUUGAAACAUCGAAUGCUACCAACAAUGCCAUUGCUCGGUUGAACAGUCCUUCAUUAAAAAUUCAGCCUGGCCAUACGUCCUGCUUUUCCUUCUGGUAUAGUAUGUAUGGGGCAAAUGUUAAUAAACUCAACAUAUAUUUCAAGAAUUCUACUGGUGCAGGUUCACCUGUCUGGACAUUAAGUGGUACUCAGGGACCCAACUGGCACUCAGUCCAGCUUAUUGUACCUUCUGGAACUCUGCAGAUCAUUGUGGAAGGUUUGAAGGGAAACAGAGAUCAAGGAGAUAUUGCUGUGGAUGACUUCAACAUGACAGAUGGAAACUGCCCAGCAGCCCAACCAGGCCAACUUUCAGCUUUGUCCUGCAACUUUGAGUCAGCCAACAAGUGUGGCUAUACUGAUGACACUGAGGACUUCAAAUGGACCCAGAAACAUGGUUCCACAAACAGCUCCAACACUGGUCCCACAACAGAUCACACUAAAGGAACUUUAUCUGGCUAUUAUAUGUACACUGAAGCAUCAUCUCCACAAAAGCCAGGACAGAAAGCAGGCCUGAUUUCACCACAGGCACCUCCUGGCCCAGCCUGCCUGACUUUUUGGUACCACAUGUAUGGCUCUCAAAUGGGUCGGCUGAAUGUUUAUGUUCGUAUUGGCAGCAAUCGAGGUCUACCUGUUUGGAGUAGAAGCUCAAACCAAGGAAACAAAUGGAAUGUGGCUCAAGUUUCUCUAAACCCUACUAACACAUUUUCACUGGAGUUUGAAGGAGUCUUAGGAGGAGGUGACACAUCAGACAUUGCCAUUGAUGACGUAAAUGUUACACCAGGACCCUGCGUUGCACCCGGUUCUUGCAGCUUCGACAGAGGAACUUUGUGUUCCUUUGUCAAUGUCAAACAAGGAGGUGGUGAUGACUUUGACUGGGUGAUUCAACAUGGAGGUACACCCACUGCAGGAACUGGUCCUUCUUCAGACCAUACAAUGGGCACAGCAAAUGGAUAUUAUGUGUUCAUUGAGACCAGUCCACCUCGACAUAAAGGUCAAAAAGCCUGGCUACUCAGUGAAAGUCUGGUUCAAACUGGGCAGAGUGUUCACUGUCUUUCCUUCUGGUACAACAUGUAUGGAAUCGCAGUGGGAUCUCUCAAUAUCUAUUUAUCCAUAAAUGGAACACUGCCUGGCACUUUAAUCUGGACAUUGUCUGGUAACCAAGGAAACAAGUGGAUUGAAGGAAGACUUCCUCUUUUAUCAGCUGUCAGCUUCAAAAUUCUUUUUGAGGGAGUUGUGGGUCAAAGUGAUCUGGGAGACAUUGCCAUUGAUGAUGUGGGUUACAAAAGUGGGCUAUGUGCAUACACCCCUUCACAAGCUGUACCACCUUCAGUCAGAAUGACAACUCCUACAUCAACAGCCAGAACAUCUCCUGUCACUGCUACAUCAGUGGCAGGUACAUUUGACUGUAAUUUUGAGAGCAACUUCUGUGGGUGGACUCAAGCAUCAGAUGACCAGUUUGACUGGACACGUCGUAAGGGAAGUUUAGGUAGACCUGGCACAGGGCCAUCAGUUGACCACACGACUGGGCGUGGCUUCUACACAUAUAUCGAGACAUCAGCUCCAAGACAAACAGGUGACAAAGCAAGACUGGUGAGCCCUUCAUUGACGGCAUCAGGCGUCCAGUGCUUGACAUUCUGGUACUAUAUGUAUGGUCCUAAUGUCAAAACACUCAGCUUGUAUGCAGCUGGCGAUUCCAAUCUAGGACCACCUGUAUGGACCAGGUCUGGCACACUGGGUAACAAAUGGCUGAGUGGCCGUGUUAACAUCAUCAUGGGCAGUACUACAAAACAAUUUGAGGUUGUGUUUGAAGGCGUACGUGGGAAUGGCACCCAAGGAGACAUUGCCAUUGAUGACAUUACCUUGAGAUUUGGAUAUUGUAACAGCAGUGGUGAUGUAGGGAGCUGUGAUUUUGAAGAUCCAAAACUGUGUGGCUACAUGCAAGAAGAAGGUGGAGACAAGUUCGACUGGACACAACAAACUGGCAGCACAGGCACUGUCAACACAGGACCCCCCAAUGACCAUACCUAUGGGACAGCUAAAGGUCAUUAUAUGUACAUUGAGACAUCUUCUCCCCGCAUCCAAGGAGACAAUGCUAUGUUACUCUCUCCUCAACUUACUGCAAGCAAAAGUGAUGUCUGUUUGUCUUUCUACUUUCACAUGUUUGGAAUUGGCAUUGGCACGCUGAAUGUCAGACUGAAAACUAAUAAUACUUUGGGCAACCCAGAAUGGUCUCUAACUGGUAACCAGGGAAAUAUUUGGCAAACGGUUCAAGUUAAUCUUGCCUCAUCAAAACUGACACAACCUUUUCAGAUUGUUUUUGAGGGUAUCAAGGGAAUCACUUACUUUGGAGAUAUUGCCAUUGAUGAUGCAGUCGUCUCCUCUGGAACUUGUUCAUCUGCUGAUGGCAGCUGUACUUUUGAAUCAGGACUGUGCACUUGGAAGAAUCUCCAGUCAGAUGAUUUUGACUGGACAUUGCAUCAGGGUGCAACAGACACUGCCAAUACUGGACCAUCAACUGACCACACUUUAAAUACAGUGGCAGGUACUUACAUCUACAUGGAGUCCUCAAGCCCCCGGCAUCCUGGUGAUCGUGCAUGGCUUGUAAGUCAAGUAUUCUCACCUACGAAGGCACGAUGCGUGACCUUCUGGUACCAUAUGAAUGGACUAAACAUUGGCAGCCUCAAGAUAUACGUACAGGUGGGUUCAUCCAACUACACCAUCUGGACACAGACAGGUGACCAAGGUGAUAAAUGGAUCUUUGGCCAGGCACCCAUUGUCUCAAAUCUCAACUACCAUAUUUUAAUCGAAGGAAUUCGUGGCAACGGACCUUAUGGUGAUAUUGCCAUUGAUGAUAUUGAGUUCACAGGCCAAACAUGUGGAGAAAGAGGAGGCCUAAAUAUUACUGGCACACCUCCAACAUUCACUACACCUUUCAGCACCACUGUUGGUCAUGGAAUUUUCACCUGCACUUUUGACACUGAUUUCUGUGGAUGGACUCAGGACACCAGCGAUCAGUUUGACUGGCUCAGGAACAAAGGAUCCACAAACACAGUGGGAACUGGACCAAUUGCAGACCACACUUCUUCCAAUGGAUACUAUAUUUACAUUGAAACAUCUGAACCCAGACAGAAAGGUGAUAAAGCACGUCUAAUAAGCCCUCAGUUGUCUGGAUCUGCCAAGUGUAUCACAUUCUGGUUUUUGAUGUAUGGACCCAAUGUUGCUGACCUAAACAUUUAUAGCAGGACAGGGCCCUCCCAACUUAACAAAGUCUUCACAAGAUCUGGCACGCACGGCACAAGGUGGAUACAGGCACAAGUAGACAUGACUAGUAAAGUGCCAUUCCAGGUCAUCAUAGAAGGAGUGACAGGUUCAGGUUACAAGGGGGACAUAGCUAUUGAUGACAUCACCUAUACUGAUAGACAAUGUUACCCAGCUAUCACUGAUGUGCUGUCCUGCUCAUUUGAAGACAGCUCACUUUGUGAAUAUGGUCAGGAUAGUACUGACCAGUUUGACUGGACAAUGAAAGCAGGAAGUACAUCAACUGUGGGUACAGGGCCUAUGAAUGACCACACUUACGGCACAAAUCAAGGGCAUUAUUUAUACAUCGAGACAUCUACCCCUCGACACCCUGGUGAUAAAGCAUGGUUGAUCUCUGAGCUUUAUACCCCUGGCAACAUCAGUCAGUGUCUUGAGUUCUGGUACCAUAUGUAUGGGAACACAGUUGGCACACUGAAUGUCUACUUUAUGAAGAAGUUUUGGAUCAUGGACAAUCGUGUCUUCACACGAACUGGUAAUCAAGGAAACCAGUGGGUGAGAGCCCAGGUAGGCAUACAAAGACAAACCAAUGGCCAGGGAUUCAGAGUAGUGUUUGAGGGGGUUGUUGGUACUUCCUACUUGGGGGACAUUGCAAUAGAUGAUGUUGCACUCAAGAAUGGUACCUGCAGCCAAGGAUCAGCACAAUGUAAUUUUGAGAUAGAUACCUGUUCUUGGAGCAACAGUCAUAAUGAUGACUUCGAUUGGAUCAUGGGGAGUGGGAGGACUACUACUACUGGUACAGGGCCAUCUGUUGAUCACACCCUUAACAACGUAAAUGGAUCAUAUGUAUUCAUAGAAACAUCUCCACCUCGUAUGCCAAGUCAAGCAUGGUAUUCUUCAGAGCUCUUGGCAGUCUCCAACUGGUCAAUCUGCAGCUUGUCUGACAUUCUGGUUUAACAUGUAUGGUACAGACAUUGGUACUUUAAAUGUAAGGAUCAGUCCACAAAACUCCUCUAAUACUUUUGUCAUUUGGACUGUGUCUGGUGACCAAGGAGAUAAAUGGAUUCAAGGAACUGUCCCUUUGCCUAC